AUGGGCGGCAGCGCUCACGUGGAGCAUGCCGCUCGCUUCGACAUCCUCGCCGGCCUUUCCGCCGCCCGCUCUCAUGUCAACGUCACGGAGUGGCUCGCCCGCGCAAAAGUCGCCUCUUUCAUCUCGGGCUGGUUCAUCUUCUCCCUCACCAGCCUCUUCCUGGCCAAGCAUGUCUUGCACGUCUUUGAGAUUAACGAGGCCGUCUUCACGCUGUGGCAGUUUGCGAGCUCCGUCUUGUUCGGCCUGCUCUUCACCAAGGGCCUCGGCAUGCACAAACUCGCCGUCCUGAGCAAGCAGCAGCUGCGCGCCGUCGUUCCGCUUAGCGCCGCCUUCCUCAUCAAGGAGGUCCUCAAGUAUGCCUCGCUUGCUCGCGUCUCAGUCAAUCUUGUCAACACCAUUCGUUCGCUCGGCCCGCUGUUCAACGUCUGCCUCGAGCUGUUUUUCUUCGGCCACCGCCCGCAGAUGUCCGUCGUGUGGGCCUUGUUGCCCAUCAUCAUCGGCGUCGCACUCACCAGCAUCGACGAGAUCCAUAGCGCCUCUGUUACUAGCGCAGAGCUAGUCACCGCCUUGCUCGGCUUUCUCGCCGCUGUCACCUCCACGGCCAUCAACAACGCUCAGAACAUCUAUUCCAAGAUCCUCUUUGGCCGCGAACGCAUCGACCCCGUGUCGUUGCAGAUAUAUCUCUCAGCCAUUUCCCUCAUCCUCAUGUCACCGGGUAGUGUGGCCCAGCUGGCGUACCACAUCUUUACGAGCGACGCACCGGCCCACUCGUUUUUCGCGCCGUCCUGGGGUGUUGCCGCCGGCCUCGCGCUGGCAGGCUUUGUCAAUUUUGUGUCGUCGCAGCUGGCCUUCAACACCCUCCACCUCAUCUCACCGUUGAGUUACUCGGUGGCCAAUACGUUCAAGCGAGUGUGCAUUGCCGUGAUUGCCAUUUUCUACUUCAACGAACGUCUUUCCCUCGUCAAUGGAGUGGGGAUUGGCAUCUCUAUCGGCGGCGUCUUUAUUUAUGAACGAAAGUCGAGGGCGCUCAAAGAGGCUCGCAUGUACAGGAGGACACACCCCGACUCGGUGCCCAAAGCUGCCACAUUACCCACUCGGAAGCAAACAGCUUCCGGCCCGGAUCUUGUGAAGAUGGCUACCGAGCUCAACGAAUCGAGCUUGCACGACAAUCGGCAAGAGGGCAACCUAGUCCAGCACAACUUUAUUGAUGUGUCCGUCACUCCCACAGCCGCCAAUAGAGCAGCGUAUGCAAAUGUUAACUCAAAAGCCUAG